GUUUCGAAUUUUCUUAAAGAUCAAAUUCAACAGAACCAACUAAAUUAGUUCAUAUAUGUAGUCAAUGUACACGUACAUUUAAAGAUAUAAAUAAUUUUCGUGAACAUUUAUUUCAAGAACAUGGUGAACUCGGUGUUAAUGUUCGACAAUGUCAUCUUUGUUCAUAUGCAACUUUACUAAAAUCAAAAUAUGAUUGUCACAUAAGAUGCCAUUUAAAUAAUCGUGUUCUUCGAUGUCAAAAAUGCAAUUAUUCAACAAUUAAUAUCAGACAUAUGUCGAAACAUGAACGUCAACAUAGUAUAUCUCAUGUGGUUAACACGACAAUAUCAGAAGCAAAACGUGCACGUGUUCUUAAUAUGAAUACUAAUUAUUCAACCCAUAUAAAUAAAAAUGAAAAGAUCAAAGUAAAUAAUGAUAAAACUAGCUUUUCAACAUGCUUUCUCACUGAGAAAAUUUUAAUUCCUGAUGAAAAAAAAUCUCUUGAUGAUUCACAAAAUUCACGUUCAAAUAGUAAUUGUUCAACAGAUGAUUCAAAUCAUAUACCAUGUUCACAUCAAAAUAGUCUUAUUUCAUUACGUACAAAUGUUUGGACAUUACUUCGAAUGUUACUUCCUCAAUUAUCACUGUAUCAUCCAUCAACAUUAGUAAUUGAUUAUGAAUCAGAUCAUUCUAUUGAUCGACUUGUAGCUAAUCUAAUACAAAUACCAUCAUUUUAUAAACCAUAUCCAUCUAUAUAA